ACUCCACCUACUUUCUUUUUCUCCAUUUCUACACAGAAAGAAGAGAGUCGUUUUCAUGACUGGUUGCAGAGGAACCACCAUGAUGUCAUCUUGCUGGAGAUCGCAGCAUGUCUUUCCUCCUGCUAAGCAUUCUAACCUGGAGUGCUUCCUUGACUGCAUAACCCCCACUGUGCGUACCCAAUUGCUCCCAAAGACCUGCAUUCGAGAUAUAAACAGCCUCUGGCAGCCUAUUGGUAAGGAUACAAUUGAAUACUUCACCUUGGGAGAUCUUUGGGCCCAAUAUGAUGAAUGGAGUGCAUAUGGAGCCGGUUCCCCAGUUCUUCUGAACAGCAGUGAGACCGUCGUGCAGUACUAUGUUCCGUACCUCUCUGCCAUACAGAUAUAUGUUAGCAAACCGAAUCCAAAAGAGGAGACUGAUGUAGCAGGAUUCGAGAGUGAUUCUUGGAGUGAAGACAGCGAGAGCGAUAAGCUGUCAAGGUCUCUGAGCAACAACUCAAGCAAAGGUUGGGAUGCUGGAUCAGAAGAUUCAAACUUCGAUCAGGAGGGUUCAUUGCAAAUGAAGGACCGGCUUGGCUACCUCUAUCUCCAAUAUUUUGAGACGUGUGCUCCAUAUGGAAGGGUUCCCCUUUUGGACAAGGUCACUGAAUUAGCUCGGGAAUAUCCAGGUAUCCUCUCAUUGAAGAACGUGGAUCUCUCUCCUGCCAGUUGGAUGGCAGUUGCAUGGUAUCCUAUUUACCAUAUUCCGACAAGGAGAAGCGUGAGGGGAUUGUCUGCUUGUUUCCUGACUUAUCAUACUCUGUCAUCAUCUUUCCAAGACACCAUUUUGGAGGAUAACAAGGGGAAAGGAACCUGUUCUUCAGAAGAUGGAGGGAAAUCAAAAGGAGACUGCAGUGGUAGGAUAUCACUGCCACCCUUUGGGACGGCCACUUACAAGAUGCAUGGAGAUCUCUGGAUCAAUCCUGAAACAGCAGACCAGGAAAGGAAAGUUUCUCUCCUGAAUGCUGCAAAUUCCUGGUUGAAGCAGCUCAGAGUCCAACACCAUGACUAUGACUACUUCAUAACUCACUCUUACAGUUAAAUGAGUCUCCAUUGUAUGCCCUUCUGUUAGUUUUAAAUCUUUGCGACCGCCACCAUUGACCUUCUGCUGUAACUGGGACGACACCAAUUUAUAUUAGUUUUACUGUGUCGCUAAGUUGGUCUUAUGGCUGACCUGGGAAGAUGGAAAGGAAUUCAUGGAUUUAGAAAGCUUGCCAGGGAAGCUUUUGUGGAAUGAGUUGUUUUUCUAGAUGCUCUCUCUAGAAAGUAGACAAAUUUUGUUAUAUAUGUUUAUGUUCUAUCUCUUCCGGUGUAGAUUAUAGACUGUAGAUGAAACAAUCUUUUUCCAUUUUGUUUACAUGUAUAUAUCAAUGAGCUCAGUUGUAUG